GUUGUGGUGAUCGCUCCUAGUCGCAAAGUAUAAGGUAGGACAGCCGCAGCCUUUCUAAUCCAUCUUCUGUCUCUGUUCGAUCCCUUUCACAUCCUAUCCUAUUCACACCUACGUAGACCCCUAUCAGCUUUUUGUUAUAUCAAAUUCCGUCUUUCCCAUGAUGACUUCCACCCACACCAAAAUCCAAGAAGCCGCAGGCAGAAACGCGCAGCUCCUACAAGGCUUGCAUGAAACCGACGCCGCACCCUCCCAGCUCCAGCAACAGGACGCCUACAUCAAAGAUCUCGACUCUCAGACCCUCACUACUACACAACGGGUCAAUGACCUCAAGCAGAAGACUGCAGCCGAGUUAAAAGAGCACGAAAAAUAUAGGGACUCGUCAGUCCGUCGUUUCGCCCACAAAGCUUCCGGACGCAAAGACAAGUUCGCCGAAAAAGCCGCGAAAGAAGAAAAGGACUACUUCGACGCCGUUCAGUCGCAGAAAGCCGCCGAAGAUGAGUUAGCAUACGUCAGACAGCUCAAAGCAGAGGCCGACAUCCGAAGAUCCCAAAUCGAACAGCAGGCACACCGCCACAUCCAGCUACAACAAGAAUUAGAUGCGCUGUAUAACUCGAUAUUCGCAGGCCACACGCCCGAAUUUCCAGAUGAAGACCGCAAAGAAGACGCAUGCAACGCCGCACAUUACAAUCUCCAACAGCUGAACCAGCGCCUGGAGCGAGAACGCCACACCCUCUUCCUCUUAGGCCAAACCGUGCAGAAACUCUCCGAAGCAAGAAACUCACUCGACAGCGCAUACGGCAUGUCGCAGUAUGACCUCUUUAGCAGCGGAGCCAUGGCGUCGAUGCAGAAACGCAACCACCUCGAGCGCGCCGAGUCAUCCAUCCAGCAGGUUCGCAUGCUACAAGAACAGAUCCAACAAGUCGCGCCAGAGCUUCCUUCCCUGGGCGAGUUGCGAAUUGCCAUGGGGAGUAUAUGGAGCGAUGUCGUGUUUGAUAAUAUCUUCACCGAUAUGCAGAUGCAUGACCAGAUCAAGGCGAGUAUGCAGCAGGUGGACCGUGCGGGCAAUAGAUGCAGCGAUAUCAUUAGGGAGCGCGAGCGUAGUGAGCAGAGUCUAAGGGGCCAGGUACAGCAGGCCAAUGAGCGACUGCAACAUGCUCGACUCGAGCUGCAACAGGCUAGGGAGGGUGCGUUCACAAAGGUACUUGGAGGCGGGCAGGUGUCCUCGGCGGGAAUUGGGAAUCCGCUCUCUAGUGAUAUGCCACCGAGCUAUGCUCCACCAGCAUAUGCUCCACCGGGUUAUUCGGCGUGAGACCUCUGUGCUCCGCUUUUAGAGGACUGGUAGGAGAUUACACUUGUCGGGUCGGGCACGGCGAAUCUGAUGAGUUUCUACAAGGUCGCGGAUUCUAUCUAGGGAAUACAACCUAUGUAGGUUCAACACGAGGAAUGACUAGAACAACUCUGUUCGCUUUCUGAUACUUUAAUUACCGGUGAAGUCUUACAGCUCGAGUGGUCGCAGCUCGAUCUACGAGUAACAUGCAAUACUAGAAAGCAUUGCACACUGGAUAGUCUAA